CCCUAUGGUUCCCGCAAGAAGCAAGCCGAGGCGCAAGGCAGCGGGGCUUUCACACCACCACCAACACACGGCCCUCCAACCAGGACGAUGACUACAAAUGACAGAUGACAAGGUCGAGGAUGAGAAAUCCCGAUGCUGUAGGGAUAGUCGGUGAUGAUAAAUCUGGUCAACUAGCCAGGGAAAAAAAGCUAUUUGCCGCGCCAUGUGGGCAUUCCCGCCACCUCGGUCCCUCAAUCGACGACCCAACAGGCGCGAGAACAUGUCAAACAAAACCGACCGCGGUCCGCCCCCCGCCCCUCCGCAGGCCGGACCAAUCGGCGGCGCGGGGCGGCCCACGCCCGUCAUGGCCCUGCAGGGUAGCUCCGCAGCUGCGGCGCCGGAGCCGGACUUCGGUUGGCCGCCCGGCGGGCAGUGUGGGAGUCAUUGUUGGCCAAGAUGCGACGCGGUUUUGGAGACGAGAGUCGCUGGCUCGCGGGGGCCGCGGGAGCCCGUCGGAUUGGAUUGGACGCAGGAGAGGGGGUGCGUGUGAUGGGAUCGUCGAUGCGGGCGCGCGCGGACACGAGGGCUGGAGCGCCGUCGUAGGGUCUUCCCUGGAUGAGAGAACUGAUAAGGCGUUUUUUUUUUCCUUUUCUUGUUCCUGUUUUCCUAUCGUCGUGCUUCUUCCUGUGAUCUUGUGAUCCCGCUGACGAUUGAGCUUGCCGGACUCCCGUUGGCUACCUCGUCUAUAUCCCUCACAUCGUCAUCAUUCUCGAGUGUUACUCUC